AUGCCCCUCUCCCAACCAAUUAUCCUAGCAACACUAACCAUUACAACACUAAUUUUUCUACUAUCAACCCAUCUGGUCCUAAUCUGAGUUGCACUAGAACUUAACACACUAGCGAUCCUCCCCCUAAUUGCUCACAAAUCUCACCCACGAGCCAUCGAAGCCUCCACAAAAUAUUUUCUCACCCAGGCAAUAGCAUCUGCAUUAAUUAUCUUUUCAGGAACACUAAAUUACGAAAUGACAGGAAGCUGCCAAAUUGUAGAAUUAACAAACUUAACUUCAAUAAUUGUGCUAACCCUUGCCCUAUUUAUUAAAGUGGGAUUAGUACCAUUUCACUUCUGAGUACCAGAAGUUCUCCAAGGAAUAUCCACAACUGCCGCAAUCUUCCUAUUAACCUGACAAAAACUAGGACCAUUAAUUAUACUAUUCCUAAUUAGCCCCCUUAUCAACUUUGAAUUAACCUCUGUAGUAGCUACUUUAUCUUCCCUUGUUGCAGGCUGAAUGGGACUAAACCAAACUCAAGUACGAAAAUUAAUAGCACUAUCGUCCAUUGCCCAAAUAGCAUGAAUUAUCGUAAUUAUUAAAUACGCACCAUCACUAGCCAUCCUAACCUUCUACAUCUACUCCACCACCAUCUCCGCUACACUGUUAACACUAGACAAAAUAUCAACAACCUCCAUUAAAUACCUCAUUAUUUCUUUUUCAAAAUCCCCAAUCACCACCACCAUCCUGAUAAUUUCCCUCCUAUCACUAUCCGGCCUCCCACCCCUAGCCGGCUUUAUACCAAAAUGAUUAACAAUCAACCAACUCCUCGCAGAAAAAGCAAUUUGAAUUGCACUAUUAAUACUAAUUACAUCCCUUCUAAGUCUAUUCUUCUAUCUCCGACUAUGAUACAACUCCUCAUCAACUAUGCCACCAAGCACUACCAACACAACCCGCCUCUGACGAAAAUCUACCCCCCAAAGUAACUUUACCAUCAACCUCCUCACCAUAGCGACCACCACUCUCCUACUAUCAACCACACUAAUGAAAGCAAUUACUAAACAAGAAUACUCUCUAGGCUAA